AUGUCCAACAGACUUUCUUCCACAUCCGCAUCGCUCUCCCUAUCUGGAUUGUUGGAAACACCCAGCUCUAAAGAGACAGGCAGUUCCUCACAGAAUGACCCAAACACGUUCCAGAUAUACGUCUCCCCAGGGCAUAGUGGUCACAGAAAGUCCACUCAGAGACUGACCAUGCAUAGCUACUUUGAUAAGGAAAACAAACUCCAUUCUGAGAAACAACAACCUUUGUCGUCAUGUUCGUCCCCCUCUGGUAAAGUCAUCAACGGCAAGUUUGGGAGUAGGUCGCCAUUGAAAGAUCCACUUGGAAAAGACACCUUGUCCCCCUUGAAACCACGAACCCAGAACAAGAUAAACACCAACAACAGACACUCGAGCCACCGGUUAUCCUUGACUAAUUCCAUCAGGAGCGUGUCUACAAAAUCUUCUAGGAUUUCCUCAGAUCAGUCCCGUAAAGAGAGUGGGAAAUCUCAUAUUGCGUCCUCUGGAGAAUCCCAUCAUAGUGGUCGGAGCAGUAAGAAGAGACACUCUAAAGUGUCCAUUGAGACGUCCAGCACCUUCAGCUCGUCGGCGAAGGUCAUUACCGAUGAAAUGGACAAUAUCGAAAUUGGCAUUGCUAGACAAGUGGAUGUUAAAGCUAAAAAUUAUGAGACUGUUGAACACAAGGCCAACUUGAGGGGGGCAUUGAUUGAGGAACCAAUGUCGCAUUCCAUCAUGGAUAGAGAGAACGAAGAACAGAAACCGAUUUCUAAAUCGGCAUCUUUUAGAAGACUGAGAAACUCGUUGUCAAUGAAAUCAAUUGCCUCUUCGUUUAAAAAUGAUGAUGAUCAACUACAGGCAUCUAAAAUGGCCAAUUCAGAUCGCAGGAAUUCCUUGAAAUCAAGGAGAAAGAUGUCUUUGGAAAAUAUCAGGUCAUUUUUAAAACCAAACAGAUCGUCUUUAAGCUCCAAUGUGGAUUAUAAAAACAAUAUAUCUUUACCCAUCAUGCAGCCGCAAACAAAGGAUAAGAUCAUCCACAAAUUGAGAAACUCAAAUUCCGUUGUGUCGAUCUCCUCAUUUGUGUCUCAGAAUAAUCUUCAAGACACUCAACAACUGAAUAACUCUACUUUCAACCAAGAGAAAAUUACAACAUCCGGAAUGAAAUCUUAUGAUAUUAAUCAAAUCCAUCUCUCAAUAUUACUGAAACUUUGUAGUCAAUCGAAACCGGUUUCAUUUAGGAGUUAUAUGAACAACUUUCAGUCUUCGACACAACGGAAACAUCUGUCAAAAUUGGACGACCGAGCUGAGAAGUUUGUAUUUAUGGAAUUCUCAAGUACAGGCAAGGAUUAUGAAAUGGAUCUAACGCCAUCUGGUGUUUGGAAAGUCAUUCCCUUUGACUUGGAUGGCUCGUCAAUAACUAAAUUGAUCCAAGAGUUGACGUUGUCCAUACUGAUGAGUAAUAAGAAAGGUUUUGUUAAAAUUAAGUCGGCCAAAGUUGUCAAAGGUCCAUGUCCAUCAUCCGUAUUGGAUUUGGUUGGACCGAAUGAUGAGAAAAUAACGAGUCAGUUGUUUUUAAUCAUGAGAUUAGACUACGGCGGCCAAACUCUAAAGGACUAUCACAUAGAAUCAUGGAAAGAUGCUUUUCUAAUUUUCUCCCAAAUCUUAGAUGCCAUGUGCUUAGGUGAAGACGAAGGUUAUGAGCAUCGAGACCUAAAUGUUACAAAUAUCCUUAUAAGCCACAAAUUGGACGAUUUUGAUGAAAACGCUGGCAUUGGCAAUCAUGGUCUAGGCUUUAAUGAAAAAAAUAUUGAGGUAUCGAUAAUUGACCAUGCUUUGGCAAGGGGUAUUGUAAGUGGACAGGUUAUAUAUAGAGACUUAUACGAUGCUGAUUUUUUCCGGGGUAGUAAUGAAUACAGACAUGUUAUCUAUAAGUUGAUGCGAAAAGUCGUGAAUAACAGAACACACACGUUGACUUUCCAUAAUUCUACAUCUGCAAUGAGUAUAAACACACUUGCUUCGGACAUAAGUACAAUGAACAUUAGCAGUCAAACUGCUGACUGGUCGAAAUCAUACCCAAUUUUCAAUCUGUUAUGGAUCCAUUAUAUUCUUCAUAAUUUACUAUUUGAAAAAGAGCUAAAACCAAUCAAAAUGAACCCGAUACUGAAAAAGAAAGGAUGGCUGGUUAACGGGGGAGAAAUGAGCCAAGAAAGCGCAGUUUAUGAGAAGCUCUUGCAAGGUUAUAAGAUGGUCGAACCCGCAGUGCUUUUUGGGCAGAAAAGGAACAAAUACAUGAGAGAGGUCAAAAAUAUAUACGAGUUUAGGGAUUGGUAUCACAGUCACUAA